CGCCCAUGCGCACUGCACACGACUCGAUCGCAGAAUCUCGUGGAACAGCUGUAGCAGUUGCAAAACACUUUCGCUCGCUUUCGUUCUUUGUCGGAUUUACCUGAAAACAAUGUCAUCGUGAAGAAAAAACCAUUGAACCACUGAAAACACCGGAAAAAAUGCCGAAAAUAUGUGUUGUGUCGAAUUGUGGAACGGGUACCAAAGGAGUCGAGGAGAAGAGAUCGUUGUUCAGGGUACCCUCGAACAAGGAGCUCAGGCUGAAGUGGGAGGCUGCUAUUCCGGGGAUUAAGAUAUUGAAGUUGGGUCAAUCGGUCUGCGAGAGACAUUUCCCGGCGAAAUAUAUCAAUAAGAAGUGGAUUAAGUACGAUAGUAGGGGUAGGGUUAUUGCUCAGUAUGACUUCCCGAGACCUCGCCUGGAUCCCAGAGCAAUUCCUUGCAUCUUCACAGACGAGGUCUACACUUGUUCUGAUCCGUGGUUCCUCUACAAUCAGCAGAAAGAAGGUGGUAGUACUGCAGGCUUCCUGGUAGCCAACAAGAUAAGCGCUGAAGGUCAUGUGGCGAAGCAGGAAACUAUGCAGGAGGUUUACUCGACUGGAGAACACUCUUACUGUCGAUUAGCGGACGAUUUGGAUGCUAGUGGUGAAGAUGAAAAUGGAAAAGUCGCUGUAAAAACUGAAGAACCCUCUAGUACUUCAAAACCACCUGAUAAAAAUGUACUAAUGCCUCUAAAAAUAACCAUCGAAAAAGCACCAAUCGACCCAGAGGAUAAAUUCAUGGAGGUUGAGCAGCUACUGGAAGCUAUGAUGAAUGGUCCUGAGGAGGUAAAAGCUGUAAGUGAAAGACAUGCGAUGGAAAGACCUCACAGGAUAACGCUGACUACUCCAACUGGACAGACCAAACAGCUGACCCUGAAGACCUUCGGCAGAACUCCGCAGAUUCAUUUUAUAAAUUCUGAAAAAGACCCACCGAAGACCACCACCUUAGCGACUCUGGAUGUUGUGAAGACUGAGAUGACUGCAACUCUUGUACAGACACCAAAUAUCCUGGAGGAGAUGAAACUUCCACAGGUAGUGAGCGAUACUGGAGAACAAUCUCCAAAUAUAGUGGAAGAGAAACACGUUCCACAUCUGAUGGAUACUGGAGAGACAUCUUCAGAUAUAGUCGAGGAGAAGAAAAAUCCACAGCUGAUAUGCGAUACUGAAGGAAAAAAUUCAAAUACAAUGGAGGAGAAGAUAAAUCCACAAAUGAAAUUCGAUACUGACGGCAAGAGUUUGAAUUUAGUGGAAGAGAAGCAUCUUCCACAGUUGAGUUUCGAUGCUGGAGAAAAAUAUCUGAACAGAAUGGAGGAAAAGAAACUCCCACAACUGAGGUUCGAUACUGGGGGAAUUUUUGAAAAUGGAAAGAAAUUAGUCAAACUUCCAUACAUGUGGUCAAUAAGCGAAUUAGUCCCCAAUGAAGGCAGAAAAGUUGUCUUCUCCCAUGUGAUAGUGACACCCGUCAACAACGUGGACACCCCCGUCUUGAAUAAAUCAGUGAUAAUUCACGAUACAACAGGAAUAAUUGAUUAUUACGCCCACGGGAAACGCGUGGACGUCAGCAACACGAAAUUACCAAGAAAAAUUGAGGAAAUAGUUUCCCUGCAAGUUGCUCUGUACACAUUUCAGAAGAUGAGAGUCUGUGGUGGCAUCACACCUAUCAACAAAUCACGUGAGGCCCUGAACAAGGAUAUUUAUCAGGAUCAGUUGCAGUGCUGGCGUCACAAUGAUUGCAAGAUCCUGGUGGAUAGGGGCAAGUGUGAAUUGUGCUCCAAACUACAGAAGACAAUUGCCCAGAAACGAAGACGAGCUGAGAAGAAUCCCAGCUCUCUCAGGGUUUCCUCUGCGUGGGAUCCCAAGGAUCAAGUGGCAGUUCUCAAGAAGAAGUUCGAGCUCGAGAGGAGAAAAAGAAUUCAUGCACAGGCUCAGGUCAAGAAGCUCACUGAAGCAUCCAAGGAGAACGGUGUCAAAGUCAAAGUCGUUAAGAAAAUCAAGUUAUAAUGAAUAUUAUUGUAAUUCAGGGCAAUUGCAGUUCACGUUCAUCUGAAUUGAGUUUCAUGUUUCAUUCACAUCUGUAAUGAGUGACUAAUUUUUGACAGUCAGCAAUUAUUAUAAAACAUGUUUUUGGGUGAAGAAUAUAAAGAUUAAUUUAAUGAAUCGUCA